AUGGCAUCAUGCGUCAACACCCUGCUUCUCCCCGUGAAACCUUAUGUAGCAGAGACACAUCAGUUUCUGCACAUUCCUCCAUUUAGCUCUCCUGUGGCUCUGCAUCUCCAUGUUGCCACUGUCCCCCAGGGCACCCUGUACUCUCUGAGGCAGGGGGACAUAGAGAACUGUUACUUCAAUCAAAUAGACACCAGAGACCGAGUGAGGCUGGAGGCCCCUUGCUUGUUCGCUCCAUCAUCCAGUGACUUGAAAGUGACAGAAAGCACUCGCCUGCCCCCUGAUGGGCUACGGUCUCCAGCCCAGGCCUCAGCGCGCCCUCCCGUGGCCGCCGAGGUCGUGGGCGACCUGAAUCUCCAUGCUUCGCUUCCUCACCUUCCCAAGCCACCUUCCAGCUCCUCACCAAAAGCUGUGCUUGGUUCUGUUCCAGAAAAGCCCCUUGAGGAAGAAGAUGAAGUUGACUCCGUUCUCCUUUCAGCAUCCAAGAUCCUGAAAUCUUCUGAGGGGGUAAAAGAAAGUGGGGACAGUGAACCAGAAUAUGGCUGCGCACCAGAACCAGAAAAUCAGAUCCAACCACAGUCAGCUUUGAAAGUCCUUCAGCAUCAGCUGGAGUCAUUUCAGGCUCUGCGGAUGCAGACGCUACAGAACGUUAGCAUGGUCCAGUCGGAAAUCAGUGAAAUACUGAACAAGAGCAUUGUUGAAGCAGAAAACCCACAGUUUAACUCGGAAAACAGUCUAGUAUUCAGCAUACAACCCGAAAAGGAUUCGCCUCAUGAAAAGCAAGAAGAAAUGCUUUCUUUCAAGAAAAGUAAUCCUUUUGAGGACCCCAAGACUCUCCAUUCGAUGGAAGAAAAUUUCAGUAGUACUAACAGCAACAGUCUCUGUCAGAGCAUAAACAUUCUACCCCAGGUACAUGUUAAGGACACAUUAGGUCUGGAGAGCCUGAGUGCUGCAGCAGAUAGCCCCGUUCCCAGCAAAGCUCCAAGCACUUCAGAACACCCUAACACUGCGAAGACUUUCGGUCUUUACCAGUUUCUACCUCCACUUCCUCAAACUGUGGUGCCUCAAGCGGCUCCUGUGAUUCUGGAUAAGUCUACAAUGACUGCCUCUUUCCUAAAGCAUGAAUUCUGUGAAAACUUAGAUGACAUUUGCCACUCUAUCAAACACAUGAAAGAAGAGCUUCAAAAGUCCAGUGACAGGGAACUGGCGCUUACAAACGAACUUCACACUUUCCGGAAUGAUGCAAACCCUCAAAGUCGACUCAGUAGAUACGAGCUGUUUCCCGUUUGUAGCCCAAAGCUUGACUUUAUUCAGGAAGAAAACGUGGAAGGUAACGUUAGUGAAGACAUCAAAUCGAAGAGAAUUUCUGAAUUAGAGGCAUUAGUAAGCAAGUUACUCCCACUCAGGGAAACAGUGUCAAAACUGCAUGUCAAUUUUUGUAGGAAAUGUAAAAAAUUAUCAAGGACUGAAAUAUGCCGAGGGAAAAAGAACGAGAAAAAUAAAGACAUCCCUAUCAGCAGCAAGAAUAUUAUGGAUUUGAAAUUCCACUCCCGAGCUCCAAGGCACAUUCUGUCAGUCCUUGACCCAAUGAAACACGAAAUGAAAGACACAGAAGGCCAACCAUUUGUAGCAAACCAAGGGUCAUUAACACUUGAAAAUGAGAAGACACCCACAGCCAAUUUUGUCCCUGAGCAGUGUGUUGCCAAAAUCCACUACCUACAGAAUUACCUCAAAGAAUCGGUGCAGAAUCAGAAGAUAGUGACAGAACUGGAGAAUGAAAACCUGGCCCUUAGGACGAAAAUGAAGCCCCUCAUCUUCACCAUGCAAUCCCUCAUACAGAGGGUGGAGACAUACGAAAAGCAAAUGACGUCUCUAGUUGAGGAGAAGAGCGCCCUGCAGUCCAAGUUAGCGAAAGCAGAAGAAGAAAACAAUGACUGCCUCAGGGAACUGAAGAAAAUGGUCAGCACCUAUAACGUCCUCCAAGGCCAGCAAAAGAUGCUGGAGGAAAAAACCAGUCAGCUUUCUCUGGAAAAGCAACAGAUGGUAGAAACAAUAGAUCACCUAAAAGGCAAAGAGCACAAGUCCCAAAGUGACAUGGCCAUUCUUAAAAACGAAAACAAUAGAAUGACUAUAGAAAUAGAGGCGAUGAAAACAAAUGCGCUGCUGAUACAGGACGAGAGGGAAAUGUUAGAGGGAAACAUGCACCAACUCCUGAAGGACAAAGGCUCACUCGAGAGCGACAUGAAGGAGAGCAAGCUGGAGAUCCUGCAGCUAAAAGAGAGAGAGAGACUGGCCAAAGCCGAGCAACAGUCCCUUCUUCACAUACUGGAAACAGCUAAGACUGAAAAGCUGAAUCUUGAGGCAGCGUUACAAGAAUCUGCUUCUGCCAGACAGACGCUGGAAAGGGAACUCAGGGACACGCAAACCUUCCAGUCCGCUGCGGAGGAGAAUUUCCGGAAAGAAAUCACCAGUGCAAAAUCCGAGACAAGCGUUUACAAAAACAACCUGGCGGAAGUCAGCAAGGAAUGCAAGAUGUUAUCCAAAAUGGUCGCGGAGAUUAAGACAGAUAACCAGAUCCUGAAAGAAGAGCUAAAGAAACACAGCCAGGAGAGCACCAGGUUUGAAAGUAGCCUCAGCCGGCUCACCGAAGACAAGGUGCUUUUGGAAAACUACGUGAGAAGCGUAGAAAACCAGAGAGACACCCUGGAAUUUGAGAUGCGGAACCUUCAGCGCGAUUACCUGAGCUUACUCGACAAAGUCUCCAGCAGCAACAGCAGUGUAUCAAAAUCAACUUACAUUUCAAGAAGAGAGAAGUUCUACUUUGACAACUACGAUGCCUAUGAAGAUGCUUCCAGUCUUAAGAGCAGGGCUUUGGCUUCGGAUCUGAAAGGAACUCCACAUAAACUGUACCAACAGCUUCCCUCCAAGAUAUGUAAAUAA